UCACUUUUCGAUUUACUGCCGUUAGAUUUUUAUCAUGAUUUCCGAUUCGCCAACAAAAAAUUGGCUCAAGUCAAAGCUACAAUAUAUUAAAAAAAAUACAUCCUUUCAGUUUUCCGACGACGUGUUAAUUUCGAUAUUGGUUUGUCUCAUGUCCGGUGAUAAACACUUGAUAUUAACAUGUAAACAAGAAAAUAUUGAAGAACUUAGAUCUAUGACUGAGCAAAUAUUCAACCACAUUUUUAAUAUGACUACUUCUACAGUUAUUUGUGAUGCUUCACAAACACCGGCUGAUUUUGCUACUAAUCUUUUUAGUCGACAGAGAGAAGAUAAUUCUCAUAUAUUGAAUUUAUCAAAUAAUAUAAAUCCUUACCCUAAUGUUACAGAGGAAGCAAUGCUUCGAUUAAAAACUCAAAAAUCAACUAGAUCCUUACAGACAAUCAGCUCUACAAAAUCAAAUGACAAAAAACUUAUACAUGAUUUUAAAGGAUCAAAACGUCGGUCUAAUUUGUCACACAGCUCAAAUCAAUUAUCGAAUCAGAGAGAUUCUUACGUUGAUUCAAAUAUGGCUGAUGAACCACAAUCACUUUAUGGAAAUAGUUACGAAAGCACAAGAUCUUUUCCUUACGAAAAUGACGAAUUUAGUUUUCAGAAAUCAAAAGAAAGGUCACGGACAAUUGAUAGCCCAAGAGAGACAAAUUUUUCAGUUUCUAUCCCAUCAAGUUCUUAUUCACGUAAGAAGAUUACAAAUCUAUCAACUUCAGCUCAACCAAUUGACAUUCCUGAGAAGCCUUUGACAUCAUCGCGCCCAAGUCUUAGUAUAAAUACUGGGUCGCCUCGUAAGAAUAUACAUUCAGCCUAUCAUUCUCAUUUCAAUCCACUUUCACAAUCUCCGAUAACGCCAAAUGAUUACACUUUAUCAAAGAAAAAGCACGAAAGUUUAGGUACUGGUAGUUUUGAACCACCUUCACCAUAUUUUUCGGGUUCGCGGUCUUUAGCAAAGGCUGUGAUUAUUGAAAAUUUACCAGACGCAAACGAAAUCAUUUAUGCAUUUUUGUUGGAGAUUUUGAUACGAAAACAAGUAAUUGACAAAUCUACUAUUCAUAAUAUAUCGAAACCUUUUAUCAUUAUCGUUUUAUUGCCAAUUACCGCCAUGAAACAUAACUUACCUAAUCAACUGCUUGACAGAUUUUUUAUUAGUUAUACUUAUGAGGGAAUAGGAGCUGGGAAAUCUUCGACAAUUCCAAUCAAGCGAAGUCCGCUUAUUAAAGCUUCGGAAAUUGAAGAUUUAUCAAAGAAAAUGGAUAGUGUAACCAUUCAUAAUGAUAUGCAUAGGUAUAUGCGAGAUGUCGUUGUAGGAAUACGAACACAUCGUUUGGUAAAAGGAGGUUUAACAGCUCGAGCAUCAUCUGAUCUGGUGAUACUUGUCAAAGCACUUGCCGCAGUUUUUCAACGCAAUUAUGCAACUCCCGAGUUAGUUCUUUUUGCAAGCGAAAAAAUAUUUUCUCACAGGUUAAUAUUAAGAGAUGCUGGAGAUGAUAAAAGCAUUAUGUAUGGGACUAAAUUAAUAACAUUGCUAAGGGCAAAAAAUCUUGCACCCAAAUUUCCAAGUCCUGGUGACGUUGUGGCGGAUGUAUUACAAGCCGUUUGGCCACCAGUAUGAUAGAUUAAAGUUUAAAACUAUCAGUUGUGUAUAACUAUGAUUUAUCUACAAUUGAUUUAGAUCGUCUAAAAUUCGUGUUAUUAACAAUCAACUUUAAAAGAGUUGUAUCGAAUUCAAUAAUUUUAAGAAACAUAUACUUAUUUUUUUGUUGCAAUA